CGUCCCACAGCCUUGAACGAGCCCACCAUCGACUACGGCUUCCAGAGGCUACAGAAGGUCAUCCCUCGCCACCCCGGGGACCCCGAGAGGUUACCUAAGGAGGUGCUGUUGAAGCGAGCAGCCGACCUGGUGGAGGCUCUUUACGGGAUGCCACACAACAACCAGGAGAUCAUCCUGAAGCGGGCGGCCGACCUCACCGAGGCGCUCUACAGCGUCCCUCGCAGUCACAACCAGCUGCCGUCUCUCACCGGCUCCGCCGCUCACUCGGGGAUGAUGGGAGUGAACUCCUUCAGCAGUCAGCUCGCCGUCAACAUCUCCGAGGCCUCGCAGGCCGACCAGGGUUACUCCCGUAACUCGAACAGCGUGUCUCCUCGCGGCUACGUGCCGAGCUCCACGCCUCAGCAGUCCAACUACAACACCAUCACAUCCACCAUGAACGGAUACGGAGCGGGGAUGACCAACCUGGGCGUACCCGGAUCCCCCAGCUUCCUCAACGGAUCCACCAACUCUGCUUACGCAAGCCCUUAUUCAUUCUCUCCUGUCCAUAUGGUUUCUGCAGUCAAACAGAAGAGCGCCUUCGCCCCCGUCGUGCGGCCACAGACCUCCCCGCCCCCCACCUGCACCACCAACAAUGGCAGCAACCUCCAGGCUAUGGCAGGUCUCAUCGUGCCCCCAAUGUGAGGAGGGUUACCAGAUACCGUCAGACCACCACCCC